AUGUCUUACGGCAGCUGCUCCAGGAGCUUCUCCUCCCGCUCUCUUGGGGGCUCCCUGCGUUUCCCGGCCUCCUUUGGCGGCUCCUGCGCUCCCAGCAACCUCGUCUACCGCACCGACGCCUGCAGUCCCUACCCGGGGGGAGCCUGUGCCUUCGAUCCCUGCCAGGAGACCUGCUGCGAGCCCCCCAACUGUCAGUCCAGCUGCUCCGCCUCCAGCCCCUGCCAGCCUCCAGCCCCGUGCUUCCGCCCCAGGGUCUCCUGCCUCCCGAGCCCCUGCCGGGCACCCUUCGGGGCCUCCCCGGGCUUCGGAUCACCGAGCUUCGGAUCCUCCGGCUUCGGCUCCGGCUCCUGUCGACCCCUGGGCUACGGAUCGAGUAACCUCCGAUCGCUGGGCUAUGGAUUCGGAGGGUGUCGAUCCCUGGGCUACGGAUCCAGCUUCUCCCGCCCGGCCUGCUUCGCCCCAGGGAGUCUGCAGUCUUCCUGUUACCCGGCCGCCUGUGGGUCCGGCUUCUACUGA